GUUGCGCCUCUGGGUUUAGAAACUCUUAUUAUACCUCACUGUCAGUGGUCUUCAGCCAGCGGCGCUAUCAGAUGUUGCUAGCUCUACAUUUGAUACUGUUAUUGCCAUCAUCGUUUAUAACGUUACUGUUGUAUUUAAAUGUAUGAUUUUGUGAUGCAUAUAUAGUAAGUCAUCAACAUCACUGAAAAUGAAGUUUUACGCCUAUCGUCCGCUGGCCAUAUUUAGCUAGCUAGUUACCAACAUACAGUAGUAGCUAAUUAAGUUAGCUAGCUAACGUUAGCGACUCGUUUUGAAAAUAAUACCUAGUAACGUUAGUUAGCGAUAUUGCAUGAUGAACACAACACUGCUAGUUAGCUACUUGUGUUAUUUGAUGUAGCUAGUAUGUGUGGCAUUUUGAACCAAUAGGCUAGACUUGUGUAACGUUAGCUUGCUAGCUCAUGUAUUGUGGUUACAACCAAAAUAUCUGCUGCACACUUUUACAACCACAGCAACACAUUGAUAAUGACAUUGUAGCUAGUUAUGUAAUUAUCAAACUAAACCGCUCAUCAGUGUGAUGAAUGUUGUGUGGCUAUGUCUUUGUUUGUGUUUGCUGUGUGUUCCUAACAUAUGUGGUCUCCUAUCUCCCUGUGUGAUAGGAAUGCCCAACGCCAGCACCAGGCCUAAGCGGGGCAGACGGAACCGUCGGGCGCCCAGGGAGGACCCUGCCAGGAAUGAGCUGGUGUCUAGGUCACUGGAGAGUGCCCAGCAGUGUCUAUUCAACCAAGACUAUGGGACCGCCUUCGUCCACUACCUUCUCGUCCUCAACCUGGCUCCUGUGCUGAAGGACUUUGCCAGUGUGGGUAGCAAAGGAAAGCCUGUAGGCCAGGGCUCUCCGACCCGGUUCCUGGAGUGCUACCCUCCUGUAGGUUUCACGCCAACUCCAGUUGUAACUAACCUGAUUCGAUUUAUCAACCAGCUAAUUAUUAGAAUCAGGUGCGCUAGAUUAGGGUUGGAGUGAACCUACAGGACGGUAGCUCUCCAGGAACAGGGUUGGAGAGCCCUGCUGUAGGCUAUACACCAUUCAGCCUGUCUGACAAUUGACAUUCCCUUUGAACUUUCAGAUUUGUUUUAUUCAAUAUUUUUUUGUCACAUACACCAGAUGAGUGCAGUGAAAUUUGUUAUUUUAGAGGGUCAGCCAUAGUAGUAUGGUGCCCCUGGAGCAAAUUAGGGUUAAGUGCCUUGCUCAAGGGCACAUCAACAGAUUUUCUAACCUUGUUGGCUCGGGUAUUCAAACCAACGACUUUUCGGUUACUGGCCCAACGCUCUAACCGCUAGGCAACCUUUCAUUUUGAAGUUGACGUGUGUAUUCUCUUUACACAUUACAAUAUAAAUGUUUACCACUGAAGGAAAAAGACAAGUGAUGUCAUUCUUAGAUGAAAGCUAGUCUACAACAAAGUUUUUACAAUGUGUGUGUUUUUUGUGUGUGUGUUUUCAGGAGUCAUUUAGGUUCACUCUGUUCAAAUGGGCAGAUGAGCUCGACUCUCUGGGGCGCAUCCAGGACCUGUUUGACUGCUAUGAACAGGCUCUGGAGCUCUUCCCUACUGAUGAGGUCAUCAUCAACAGCAUGGGUGAACACCUGUUCAGGUAGCCCUCACUCAAGUCUGACCGGUGUCUUGCAUGUAUUGUCUGUAGGCUUGGGAAACGGGAAGACUUUACUAGUCAGAGUUAUUGUGGGGUAACAUUGUACCUUAGAAUAUGCUUGACACAGGAUCAAGAAUAGAGUUAUCUUUUUCAUGUCUGCCAAUACAUUUUGUUUGCAUGCAGUGGUGUAAAGUGAUUAAACUAGCCAGAUAGCGCUGUGUCCUAGUAAAUGUGUCACAAUAUUAUUAGAUUGCUCACAAUUGUUCCAUUCCGAUCUUCCAUGCACGCUCCAGAAUGGGAUUCCGUGACGAGGCCGCUGGUCAUUUCCACAAGGCCCUGAAGCUAAAGCCGGACUACCCUGAGGCCAAGGAGAACUUCUACCGCGUCGCCAACUGGCUGGUGGAGCGCUGGCACUUCCUGAUGCUCAACGACCGCAAGAGGAACCACAAGUACCAGCAGGCCAUCCAGAAGGCUGUUGAGGGAGGCUGCAACACUGUGUUAGAUAUAGGCACAGGGACCGGUAUCCUCGGGUGAGAUUUCUUUCUGCCUAUUACAGUGAAAGGGAUAGUUCAUCCAAAUGCCAAAAUUACAUGUUGCUUUCCUUACCCUGCAAGCGGUCUUUGGACAUUUGUGCCGCAAAUGCUAAAACGGUAGCAUUUGGAAACAGUGCCAGCCACAGGCAGGAAAACUAAACCAAAGCAUGGAUUGCUGUCAUACCUUGUACAUUCCUUACAGGGUAAGGAAACCGAUGUCAUUUUGUAAUUUAGGUGAACUAUCCUUUUAAGUGCAUCUUUUAUUUUAUUACAGAAUGAAGAAUUAGGUUAAAGUUAUACAAUCUUAAUGGUUAGUAUCUAGCCAAGAGAAAUCUACACAGCUCUGGGAUUGACUACGUUUGUGUUAAAACACUGUCAUGGCUGUGGUCUGUCCAUUUCUAUUAAUUUGUUACUGCUUGUAAUCCUUGUUCCUCUCUGGUCUCUCUAUGGACAGAAUGUGUGCUAAGAAGACCGGGGCGGCUGAGGUGUACGCCUGUGAGCUGUCCAAGACCAUGUACGAGCUGGCCUGUGAGGUGGUCACCGCUAACGGAAUGAACGGACGCAUCAAGAUCCUCCAUAUGAAGUCGCUGGAGAUGGAAGUGCCUAAAGACAUCCCUAAGAGGUGACCAGGACACCCAAGUCAUGCCCAUUUUCCGAAAACGUCUGAAACCCUACUUCUAUAAAGAGUAUCAUAAAUACCCCCCCCCCAAAAAAAAUAAAUAAUAAUAAUGCACUAGUCUUUUUCUACUAGCACUGACUAUGCUGAUAACUACUUUGUUGAGGGAAAAUAUACUUGCUAAGACUGAUGUGUUGUCUCACCUACCUUACUUUAAGAUGAAUGCACUAAUGUAAGUGGCUCUGGAUAAGAGCGUCUUCUAAAUGACUAAAAAGUAAGCUGUGUCCCGGAAACCGUCCCUAUUUGUCCUCUGUUUGUGUGAUGUUUUUUUUCCUGUGGUAGGGUAUCGCUGGUUGUCACGGAGACUGUGGAUGCUGGCCUAUUUGGUGAGGGCAUUAUAGAGAGCCUUAUACACGCCUGGAAUCAUCUGCUUUUGCCUCCACAGGUAAUUAACUAGCAUAGGCAGCCAUGUUCAGGAUUUACUUUAUGUUCAUAUAGAGUUUCUCACUGUAAUGAAUACAAGCCACCCUUUAGUGCAAGUCUGAAACCGUUACCAUGAUUAGGAAGUAACAUGUAUUGAUUAUUUAUUUCCCAACACUUUCGCAUAACAUUUUCAGUUUCAUCACAACAGUGGAUUUAGAUUCCAGUUAUGUUCAUGUUUUUCAUUCAUUUAACAGGAUUGGCUGUCUCAAUUCAACACAAGUGAUCGCAAAGGAAUCUUCAAAAGAGGCUUUACCUAUAUUUUUGUAUCACAAUGAUAAAACAUGAUUAUGAAGCAUCAAUCCUUUUAUGUUAAAUGUCCUUUAUCCAGCCAAAUCUAAUGUUUUCCUGUUUAUUGGCAAAGAGAUUCAUCCAAAAUAAUUUAAGGUUACAGUAGGAGACUACAGUACCAACCAACCACCUUCCUCAAUAUUAUAAUGCAGCCAAUAUAAGUCAACAGUGCCAUCUAUGGUCUCAAUGCGAUACUACAUUUGAGAUAAAAAAUAAUAAUUAAAGGAUAGAUGAAAAUCCUUUAUAUAAAGAUUCCCUACAGACAAGUGCAUUUAGCAAACAUAUACUAUAAAUUGCAACAACAAAUAAAAUCCUAUUAUAGCUAAGUUAAUGGCAUGAGGCCUGAUCUAUGAACACGUGAAGGCUCACUUUCUAGUCCUUCCACUGCAGAGUACCCAGGACCCAUCCACGCCUCCAUCCCAAACAGGCCGGGUCAUCCCUGCCGGAGCCACUGUGUUUGGGAUGGCUGUCCAGUGCCUGGAGAUCCGCCGCCAUCACAGGUGACCUGUCCCUCUGUUGUUAAUCAAGGCUUACUUAAGUCAGUCAGACAUUGUUCUUCAAUGACGGAUUUAGUUGUAUAAUUUAUUUUGCGCGUUUCACACUCAAUGCCUCAGCAUGUAGAACAGUAUCCCAAAUAUCAACAAGUUCAGCUUUCGUGUCCUUAUCUGUCGGAAUAUUUCAUUGUCGACAUGGAACAACAGCUGAAGGCCAUAUGUCCCUGGAGGUAGUAUGUGUUUGUGUAUGUGGGUAAACAGACACCGGUGUUAAUAUUCAUGUCAUACCAUCUAUUUAUAACUAUGUGCCUGCAGGCUGUGUGUGUCUGAGGUGGGGGGCCUGGCCAUGGCUGCAGCCGGAGAGCUCCACAGCCCAGUAAGCUGCAGCUCAGAGGAUGACUCCACGGAGCCCUACACCACAGAGAGACUGAGCAGGCUGCCUGGAGGCUACACCCCCCUCACUGAACCCUUCAAUGCCCUGGACAUAGACUUCAACAACGUACAGGUCAGCGGCAGUAUAGCUUCUUCAUAUAUACAUAGAUAACAUUUAAACCAGAAAUCUAUAUGGGGAAUCUACUGAACUGUUAGUUAUCAUCAACAGCUACGAUUUACAGCCUCAGUGACAUUGCUGUGUGUAGAUUCUGUAUAAUGAUAACAAAACAAUAUCUUGUAUGUCAAGAGCCUAGCUAGCGUGAGAUUUGGCUAUGGGUUCCAAGUAUACAAGAGCAGUGAUUCUAAUUAUGCUAUGCUAACUGUGCCCCAGGAGCUGGAGGGUCUGUGCUCCAGGGAGGUGAGCCGGGUGCGUCUACCCGUAACUGGGGAGGGUCUGCUAGACGCUCUGGCUGUGUGGUUCCAGCUCCACCUGGAUCAGGAGAGCAGCCUGUCCACCGGACCUAUGGAGGACACUUGCUGGGAGCAGGCCAUCUACCCUGUUCAAACACCACACAGUAAGGUCAUUUAUAUCAGACAUGUAUGUACACUGCGUGUACAAAACAUUAGCAACACCUUCCUAAUAUUGAGUUGCGCCCCCUUUUGCCCUCAGAACAGCCUCAGUUCGUCGGGGCAUGGACUCUACAAGGUGUCGAAAGCGUUCCACAGGGAUGCUGGCCCAUGUUGACUCCAAUUUUUCCCAAAGUUGUGUCAAGUUGGCUGGAUGUCCUUUGGGUGGUGGACCAUUCUUGAAACUGUUGAGUGUGAAAAACCCAGCAGCGUUGCAGUUCUUGACACACUCAAACCGGUGUGCCUGGCACCUACUGCCAUACCCCAUUCAAAGGCACUUGAAUCUUUUGUCUUGCCCAUUCACCCUCUGAAUGGCACACAUACACAAUGCCUGUCUCAAGGCUUUAAAAAAAAUCCUUCUUUAACCUGUCUCCACCCAGUCAUCUACACUGAUUGAGGUGGAUUUAACAAGUGACAUCAAUAAGGGAUCAUAGCUUUCACCUGGAUUCACCUGGUCAAUCUGUCAUGGAAAGAGCAGGUGUUUGUAAUGUUUUGUUCACUCAGUGUAUAUACACAUGCAGUGAGGUAGUAUAUUUAGACAACUGCACACUACUCCUCUGUAGGAGUCAGAUCUAGUGUUGCUCUAUCUAUAGAGCAGUAUGUUUAAACAUCUCUACGUAGAGCCCUUUAAUCAUACAGUAGAGAUGCACAUAAUGCACUGCCUAAACACAGAUUCUCCUGAGAUCCACUCAGCACAGCUAUACAGUAAUACUUACAUAUUUGUUACCAUAUAAAUUACACAUAUUACAUACUGUACAUAAUAUAUAAAAAUGGUGUUCUUGCAUAUUCCACUGUAAUAUUUGUCCCCUUCCGAUGUUUGCAAUGCAAUUCCACAUUCUGUCAAACGGGGGCAGUAGGCUACAUAUUGAAGAAACCCAUUCCUUUGAAGACAUUAGGCAAUGACUGAAGUCAACUUACAGUCUACACAUCUAACCUCAAGGCUGUUAUUAGUUGGCUUUGGUUUGCCUAGCUUGAUUCCAUGACCAUUCAAAUUGAAUGAAUUAUACGCAAAUAGGCUUGACCGUUGUCAACAAACAAUUCUGUACUCCUUUACCCUGUCAGGCUGUUGUGCUCCUUCCAGACGUAGAACAACUAAGUGAAGUUGUAGUGUUGACAUGGAGAUGUAUCAUCAUUCAGCUACAGAGCUCAGUGUCUCUGUUCAGCAGUGUUGCUAAUUGACAGGGGCAGCGUCUAGGGACCAGCCAGACGCCAUCCCCACCACCUUUUCCCGGUGAUCAUCGACAUCCAUUUCCCGGCCGCCGUGGCGAGACAGACGGGUGCACCGGGGAUCGCCUGUGACACUCUUUAGUGUUCAUGAAUCUCUUAUAGGAUAUAAAUAUGUAUUUUCCCCAAACGCCCCCUGACAACAACAAACCACAUGCUGACGUGAUGACACAAACAGAUGUUAUUCCUACAGCGCUCUCUCUCUCUCUGUGCCUCCCUCCCUCCUGAAUCUCAUUUCCCUCGUUCCCCUGCUCCUACCCCUCUCUUCCUCUCUCUCCCUCUUUCUUUUUGUGCAGUGGCAAAGCGUCUUGUUCCAUGCCAGUUCUGUUUACUUGUUGUUGUGGUUCAUGAAUGAACAGUUAUGUGCGCAACAAGGUCUUAUAAAAAGAAAGAAAUCAACUUGUUAAGAUAUGCCAAGAAUUUGUACGUAAUUUACGUUUUCUUUUGCAAUUCUACAUGCUUUAUUUGUUAGACUAAAAGAGGGUCACACCCAUCAAAACAAAUGUACAUACACUGAGUGUACAAAACAUUAGAAAUACCUGCUCUUUCCAUGACGUAGACUGACCAGGUGAAUCCAGGUGAAAGCUAUGAUCCCUUAUUGAUGUCACUUGUUAAAUCCACUUCAAUCAGUGUAGAUGAAGGGGAGGAGAUAGGUUAAAGAAUACUUUUUAAAGCCUUGAGACAAUUGUGUAUGUGUGCCGUUCAGAGAGUGAAUGGGCAAGACAAAAUAUUCAAGUGCUAUUCUAGACUGUUAAUGUAUACAAUUUGAGGUAUAUACACGAUGGUGCAACUCAUUGGAUGGUUGUUAAUUCAAUGUCAAUGGGUUUGUAUCUGUCCUUAUUCAAAUGAACCAUAAAAUGAAAUGUCUGGUCAGAUUUCCCCCUGAGGCCUGGUGACGAGCUCAUCGUGGAGAUCUCCUGCCGGGACGCCUACCUGAGACUCUGCAGCGUUGCCGUAGCGCGAGACGGACGAGAGUUCCGUCUAGACGACUGUCUGGAUCCAGACCAACCUAGAAACAACCCAGGCCAAAGUGGCAAUCCCAAGCCAAGCCUGAACGCCGAGGCAGAACUGUGCAGCGCCCUAGCCUGCCUCGGGACAGAGCAGAGCAGUGGACCUCGAGACUACACCAUGCUGGAGUGUGCUGAAAUGGCCCUCCUCAACAACCAGCCCUACCACGAUAGUUUCCGCAGGGCACUGGCUAAACUCAUCACCAACCUGAAGGACGCUCGUUCGGUCCAGGGUCCCAGCCAGGGUGAAGGGUUAGAGGUCAUGCCUCUCACUGACCCUCCCAGUGGCCCUAUGGACCCUGGUCCCGACCCCUUCUACGUGCUGGACGUGUCUGAGGGCUUCUCUGUCCUCUCCCUCAUGGCAGCCAGUCAGGGCCAGGUGAAGGCAUAUAGUUCGGUAGAGAAGACCCAGCACCAGGCGGUGCUCAGGAGGCUGGCCAAGGCCAACGGUGUCCCAGAGGAGGCUCUCGAGUUCUGGCUGAACCAGGUGGAGGAUGAGCAGGCGGUGCUCCAGAGACCCUCCAGGGAGAAGCUGUGGAGCGCCAUCAUAUUAGACUGUGUGGAGACCUGUGGCUUAGUCAGGCAGAAGCUGAUGGAGAAAGCCACCCUGGCCAGGUAGGACGAUGUAGCAAGCGCUGCUGGGAAAGGUAGUUUUGGUAGUAACAGGGUAGUAUGUAUGACGUGCUGGGGGAAUUUGAUAGUGUUUUUGGAAUGAGGUGAGAUUGUUGAUAUUAAUCUUCAGUGUUAUCAUAUUGGGGAAAAAUAGACAUUGGGUUUUGAAGAAUAUGUCCCUUUUUGUAUGUUUUUAUUGUCAGCAAUUGUUUGAUUGUUUGUUUGGUUGGGAUCCAUCCAUGGCAGGUGCCUGUUGGAGGACGGCGGUCAGAUCUUCCCAGAGAGGAUUGUGUUGUACGGGAUGCUGGUGGAGUCUGACAGCCUGCUGCUGGAGAGUGCUGUCCAGGGCCAGGAGCCUACACUGGGCUUCAACAUCGCCCCGUUCAUCAACCAGUUCACUGUGAGUUAUUGACAACUGCCCAGAUUCACUGCAUGCGUACUGUAUCUCCCCACCUGUCUUGAAUAUGUCGUCACUAGGGCCUGAGGUUUUAAUGAUAUAGUUAAGCAAUAAGGCCCAAGGGGGUGUGGUAUAUGGCCAAGGGGUCUUACGCACGACGCAACGCAGAGUGCCUGGAUACAGCCCUUAGCUGUGGUAUAUUGGUCAUAUACCACAAACACCUGAGGUGCCAAAUUGCAGUAAAAAUAAAUGUUUUGUCAUACCCGUGGUAUACGGUCUGAUAUACCAUGGCUGUCAGCCAAUCAGCAUUCAGAGCUCGAACCACCCAGUUUAUAGUUAUAUGCUCUUUCCAUGACAUAGGUGAACAGGUGAAUCCAGGUGAAAGCUAUGAUCCCGUAUUGAUGUCACUUGUUAAAUCCUCUUAAAUCAGUGUAGAUGAAGUGGAGGAGACCGGUUCAAGAAUGAUUUUUUUAAAGCCUUGAGACAAUUGAGACGUGGAUUGUGUAUGUGUGCCAUUCAGAGGGUGAAUGGGCAAGACAAAAGAUCCCUGAACGCUUUCGACACCUUGUAGAGUCCAUGCCCGACGAAUUUAGUCUGUUCUGAGGGCAAAAGUGGUGCAACUCAAUAUUAGGAAGGUUGUUUCACACCCGUUGUAUCCUGUGCAUGUGGCGGAUAAACGUUGAAACAUGAAGAUAAAGGAAACGCGUGAGUAAGCCAGGGAUACAAAGUAUAUUGGAAGCAGGUGCUUCCGCACAGAUGUGGUUCCUGAGUUAAUUAAGCAAUUAACCUCCCAUUAUGCUUAGGGUCAUGUAUAAAAAUGCCCGGUUGCCCAUUAUUUUGUCUACCAUGGUUAGAAGAAAUCUCAGUGACUUUGAAAGAGGGGUCUCAAAGGGUACGUUUACACAGGCAGCCCAAUUUUGAUAUUUUUUUCACUGUGGUCUUUUGACCAAUCACAUCAGAUCUUUUACAGAACUGAUCUGAUUGUCAAAAGACCAAUUAGUGAAAGAAAAUAUCAGAAUUGGGCUGCCUGUCUAAACACAGCCAAAGGAGCAUAGGGGGUUUAAAGUGUGUGUGUGUGUGUGUCUCAGUCACCAGAUCUCAACCCAAUUGAACAUUUAUGGGAGAUUCUGAAGCGGCACCUGAGACAGCGUUUCAACAAAACACCAAAUUAUGGAAUUUCUCCAUACACUUGUAGAACCCUAUGCCAAGGCGCAUUGAAGCUGUUCUGGGGGCUCGUGGUGUCCCAAUGGCCUAUUAAGAUUGACUGAUAACUCAAACUGUUCUUCCACUGCUCUGUCGUUCGCUACAUACUUUAGUCUGAGACUGCCAUCAUUGAAGUUGUUUGUGAUUAUGAGGGGCGUUGUACAAAACAAAGUCAUUAGCGAUUCGUCAUCUCUAACCAAUCAGAGUAUCAAAGCCAAUGACGAAUUUUCUAACUGCCGCUUUACCCACGUGUGUUCUGGCUCUUGCCCAACCCAUCAGUUUCUGGACCAAUCAGAACGGUUAGAAUGUGUUUGCGUUCUAGAAAUCGUCGGGGUAAAUCCAGACUCAUUGCGGAGAAGAAACUAGCGUCCGCAGGCGUGGCGUAACGUUUGGCCGGCGCAAGGAGUUUGGGUAGCUAGGCAACUAUUAAGACACUUUAUGUUGUUGUUUUAUCCAAAGCGAUUUAGUCAUGCGUGCAUUUUUUUAAAUGUAUGGGUGGUCCUGGGAAUCGUAAUCACUAUCCUGCCGUUGCAAGCGCCAUGCUCUACCAACUGAGCUACAGAGGACCGAGUCAGCUCACAUUGUCAGGAAAACCUCCUGGCUUUAGCCACACUUCCCAGCUCUAUAUGGACAUGCACUAUACUCUGAUAACUAAGUCGUAUAGUACAUUUACUUUAUGGUUAGGGGAAAAAGUAUGGUCAACUCAAAGUUCAUUCUACGUGACACAACUCCCAAACCUUUCUCACUCAACAUGUCUCCUCUCUAGCCCCUCAUAUCUGGUAUUCCCUCUCAUGUCACUGAUGCAAUAGUCAUAGUAUUGACAGCUGGCUCAAUGUUGUUUGUGUCUUGCGUCAUUCUUCUGAUUCAAAGGACAGGCUCCUGAGACACACCAACAUGUUGCCUGAGGGUUGUAACAUCUUGACUCAAGAUGGCUGCUGACAUAUAAUGCCAAACCCCCCCCCCAAAAAAAUAUUCUAGCGAAAGCUAAAGUUUUUUUUUCUUAUAGUUUAUUUUGCAGUACUGUUAGUGGCUCUUGGUCUGCCGUAUUGCAGUUGAGCUCAAGUGAACCAAUUUGAAAGGGCACAAUACAUUUAAACGGACCUUUUACUAUGCCUUUCUUUAUCAUUAUGUAAGGGAUUAUUGUUGGUUUUAAAAACCCAUUUUGCUUGCAAUGCAACCUCCUACGUUGAGACGUCUCAUGUUUUCUUUAAUAUAGCUUUCCAUCCGUAUUACGGGGAGCUGAGAAAUCCUUUUAAGUUGUCCUUCUUUUCCAGUGUCUUGUUGGCGCUCUAAUUUUCGGUGUUGGCUCCCACGGGACGGCAGUUUGUUUAAACAGAUGUUGUCUUUGAAGAGCUCAGACAAGGGCACGCCAUUUUCUAGCACGACUGUCACACGGGGAAAAGCAUUCACACGGCUUCACGUAAGGACAUUCCUACCUGGACCCAUCAGUAAGCAUGACAUCAAACGGAGAGCUGUGGUGACACUGGGAGCUGUGACAGGGAGGAGGAUGCAUUAUUUUGUUCUCUGUGACAGUGACACUCCCGCUCUGUCGCUGGAUGAGAACACUCCUCCUGCUUUCUAGAGUAUUUCUAAGAGUUGGAGAUUGUGGUAAAGACACCUGACAACUAAUGAAGACAACUAAUGGAGAUUAGUUGACCAGCUGAAUCAGGUGUGCUAGUUCUUGAAUAGAUCAAAUAAGUUAAACUAGCUGGAGAGGUUUGGGAAACACUGAAAUAGACUAUAUGGACCGUCUUGUCAUUCUGUUAAAGGGGUUAAAUGUGUCUCAGAUGUAGGGUUGUAUAGAUGUCCGCCGAAUUGACAUCUAUACUAAUAUGUUACAACGAUAUGAUCUCUCUCCUUCCUAGGUUCCAGUACAUGUGUUUCUGGACUUGUCCACUCUGCAGUGUAGACAUCUCAGUGGCUCUGUAGAACUCUUUAUCCUGGACCUCAUGAAUACCAACGCCAACUAUACCAACAGAGACGUCAAGGUAAAGACACAACCCUCCAGCUUCAUUUAGUUAUAGAUACAUUAUCAGAUAUUGUCUGCAACAUUCAUAUUAAAAAAACAUUGUAAAUGGCACCAUUGACUGAUAACACUGAGUUGCCAGAUCCCUUGGUAGUAUCUGUACUUCCACUGAUUUGUGGCCCUGACCAUAGAAAUACAAUGACUAUUUUAUUGAUUACAAUAGAGUCCAUUUCUAUGGCCCUGACUCUCUCUCUGUGUUUCUCCCAGGUCCAGGCCAGUGCCUCAGGCAGGGUGACUGCUGUCCCCUUCUGGUACCAGAUCCACCUGAACGAGGAGAUCAGCGUGAGCACCUUCAACCAGGACUCCCACUGGAAGCAGGCUGCCGUGGUGCUGCACCAGCCCCUGGAGGUGAGGGAGGGAGACUGGGUACGACUGGCCGUCACCCUGCAGAAGAGCUCCAUCUCCAUAUCAGCCUGUAUAGAGGAUGAGGCUGGGGAGACUGGGACUGUGGAUUCUGUUAGAGAGUCCGAUCAGUGACUGUGAGAAGUAGAUGUCUGGUGGUAUGGACAGUACAAGUCAUCUUCAUAAGUGUUUUAAAGAAGGGAGUUGGGAUGCUUUUGAUUCUACAAGAGCAUCAAUUCCACUCAGUCUUACUGGGAGGAUGUGAAUGUAUCACUAUGGAUUCUAUACUAUGAGUGUGAACUGCAUACUUGUCGAGGAGGGGAAGGGAUUGGUGGACUACGGAUUCUCCGGAAGCGUCAGCUCUAAAACGAACCUACAAGGUCUACAAUAGCUACCAUCUCAAUAUACCUCAGGACUUUCACAAAUACAUUUUGAUGUUUAUGAUAUGCUUAUCAUGAGACGUUUUGGUCUUCAGUGUGUUCAUAAUCUUGUUUUGGAAUGACGUCUCUUGAUUAUGGUUGCAGUCCUUAUAAAAAUAUAUAUUCUAUCAGCACUUGCAUUUAUUUCAAAAGAAAAAUACUAAUUAGCGAUCAAAGAAAAUCAUAAUGAACAUACAAGGGUCUUGGUGUCAUCUCAACAGCAUUGUGUCAAUUCCUCACUGACGCUAGCAAAAACUGACAGCCACAUUGAAUUGAAUUGAAUUGAAUUUAUUGGAGGGUGAAUGUUUGGAACCUUGAGUUGAACUCUCAAAGACAAAUGUGCUGACAUGUUUGAUGUAGUACUUCCCUCUGAAGGUUAAUGCUUUGUGACAAACAUUGUCAGGUAAGGCAAUAGCUGCACACACUUGACACACAUUCCUGAUAGGAAGAAAUGCUACUAAUGGAUGACAAUGAAACAAGUAAAGACUGAAAUCAAUCCCUUUCUAAUCAAUCACAACUAAUAUCCCUGAAAUGCUAACAUGCCAGUCAAGUUUAAAACAGAAAUUAGAAUGGGAAGAAAUGUCAGAUACAUUGUUACCACAAUGUACAGUGGGGAGAACAAGUAU